GGUUGGCAAUGGACUAUGAUGAGUUCUGAGAGAAAUGUCAAUGGACAUAGUCCAUUGGCAUCUUAUAAGCCACAUUUUGGUCCAUUGGCCAACCUAGUCUAUACCAUUAAAGUUUUAUGUUUAUUCGCCUUAAAACGCAUGAGCGUCAUGGCAACAGGGCACAAAAAUGCCGGAGAUAUUCCCACUGUAGAAAAUUCUAAACAAGCUUUACGAAAACUUUCUGAAUCUGGAAUGAAAAAAAUUAACUUUGCCGGUGGUGAACCAUUUUUAUAUCCAAAAUAUCUUGCUGAUUUAAUGGAUUUUUGUAAAAAUGAAUUAAAAUUGGAGUCAGUAUCUAUCGUUAGUAAUGGAAGUAAAAUCAAACGAACAUGGUUACAAAAAAAUCGUGAUAAUUUGGAUAUAUUGGCAAUUUCAUGUGAUUCAUUUAAUGAGGAAACAAAUAUUCAAAUUGGUCGUGGAGUUGGACAACAUACUAAAAAUUUAUAUGAAAUCUCAAAUUGGUGUCAUCAAUUAGGAAUAAAAUUUAAAUUGAACACCGUAGUAAAUUCCUUUAAUUGGGAAGAAGAUAUGAAUAAACAAAUUGAGAUUUUAGCACCAUUCCGAUGGAAAUGUUUUCAGGUCUUGAUUAUAGAGAACGAGAAUGGUGGACUUGAAGGUACGUUAAGAGAUGCAAGGAGAUUUAAAAUUUCGAAAGAAGAGUUUGAAUCAUUCGUCGAAAAGCAUAAAAAUCAGAAAUCAUUAGUUAAAGAAUCUAAUGAUAUAAUGAAGAAUUCAUACUUAAUACUUGAUGAAAAAUUGCGCUUUUUAAAUUGUACACAUAAUAAUAAAGUUCCAAGUGAAUCUUUAUUAGACGUUGAUGUUGACACAGCAUUACAGCAAGCUGGGUGGGACGAAAAUGCCUUUUUUCAACGACAAGGAAUGUAUGAUUGGUCAAAGUUUCCAACUAGUUGUACCGAGGUGAAUAAUUUAAAAAAUCUUGAUUGGUAA